CAUCAAUGUCCUGGAAGAACCCCGCUUGUCCAUCGAAAUAUACUUACUAGAUAAUGCGGCUAUGGCAAUAGUUCAAACUGCGUUUAGUUUGGAUUGUUCUUAUUCUUAUGUUUCUAGCUAGGUUCUAGUUACCUGCCUAUCUUCAGGUUGGUAACUAGGUAGGUAUAGUAAAACUAUCCCAGCUACUUCAACGCAGAAUGCAUAACCAGAUUCACCAUCAGAUUUUAGUCGCAGUUGCUAGCCUUGCUGACUCCUGCCUCAAAAGGAUGUCAUCGGUACUGUCGAUAACACUCUUGCAAGCUAGCAAUGAUUCCACGAAUUUGAUACACGAAAGCCAACAUCACGCUGUUAAUUCGAAAUAUACUGAAACUCAAGAAAAAUACGAUCAGAUAUCCGAACGUAAUGCGGCAUUCGACGAAUCAUGCUCAGUCACCAAAGUCACAAAGAGCCUAGAGCGUCCAAACAACACAGAGGAAUUGAAUAUUGAUGUUGCAUCAAAUUCCACUGCCUCGAAUAAUGUGGAUGCUGGAAAUACUAGAGGGACUUAUGGUAAUAGCGACGAUCCGUUCCGUGACCCCCUGUCGGUUCCAAACGUCUCGCCACCAAUAAUGGUUUAUCCUCACAGUACCUCGAGAAUUCCGCGAGACUAUAACGAUAGAUUUGGUGAAAUAGUCACUUUAUUCCGCCAGAACACCCGAGAUGACCCAAGACUACGCCGGCAUGUAAGGGAUAUAGACUACAGCUUAAGAUUCUGUGGCCCAUCAGAGAGACAGGCUUGUCCAUCUAUCUUAGUCUUUUGUCGUCCGGACGCAUACCAGCCUCUUCAACAUUUACUCAGCCGAAAGUUUCUCAAGGUUCAAUAUUGCGUUAGCAAGUCGACCCGAGAGCAUUUUUGGCAAUCACAAACAAGUUAUGAGUCCAGACAAGACACAUAUAGACCAUACUUCAAGUUAUACUUCUGGCGUGCUCUGAUACCUAGAGUUCUACUAGGAGUCGAGGAAGCUGACAUUCAUUUUGGGAGAGGAAAUCCUAUCAAUUGGCCCAGAAAUCCCACAGAUGAUUCUUGGCUAACGAUGAGCGGCUUCCCAAUCUACCAGUCCCCAGGAGAGUCCCAAACGUCGACAAUGGGUUGCGUGAUCCAAGUGGGACUGCGUUACUACGGUUUGACGGCGUGUCACAGCAUCCGAGACCGCCAUAAGUCUUUUAUAAGGAUCGCUGGUGCCGGGAAAAGCGGACUGGAGAGAAUACCUAAUCAGCCUGAUACCGAGAAGCCUAUAUCACUCCCAUAUAGCGCCGAGAAGCUCUACACAUUAGAGAUUGGUACAAACCCGCUUGGAGCUGACGAGCUAGAAGAAGAUGACUUGCUGGAGUUUGAUGAUGAUGUAGUAUACGAAGAGUUGACCAAUAAUCAAGGGGAUGAAUAUUGGUAUCAAGAUAGUGACUCCAUAUUCACUCAGGAUCCUCGCGUCGAGCCGCAAGAGACAAAGACGGAAGAUGAAGGAGAACAUAGUAUUAAAAAAAUUGCUCUAUGCCCUUCAUCCGAACAGAGUGAUACGCUCCACGAGGAGCUAGAUCUGGAUUGGGCACUCAUUCCGCUGGAUAGACCAAUACACCGGCGACCUAAUGCAUUUCUCAAUCCUUCGAAUAUGGGGAAGCCGACUUUCAUGUCACCGGAAGCGGCCAGAUUUCCCGACCACGAAACUGAAGUAUUGCUUAUUUCAUCGCCUCGAACAAUUCAUUCCGGUGUUCUUCAACCAUCAUGGUCCGUACUAGGAGGCAUCAAUGAUGAUAGACCUUCCCGUUUGGGAAGCCUUAUCUUGGAAAACUCGAAGGGGCUAGUACGCGGCAACUCUGGUUCUUUAGUUGUCGAUGCACAUACAUAUGCCAUCUACGGGCAUGUCAUCGGCUCAAAUCCGCUAGGGGAAAUAUACGUCAGCCCCUUAUCUCUCACGUUGAAGCAGAUCGAAAAUUUCUUCCCAGAACUUGAGGUUUCACUUCCAGAACCAAUGCCACUACUGGCUAAAUCGGCCGACCAUUAUAUGCAAACUCUCAGAGCUAUCGAAACGAAAACGUUUCCAGACGACCCGAAGGACCAAUCUCAGUCCAGAAUUGGACAUAAUUACUUUCCUACGUCUUGGUUAGCUUCUAAUGAGUUCAUGAGAUUCUUGGCGGCCUCGAGGGAAUUCUUUCAAGAAAUGGAGCCAAUCAGUCAAGAAGUGGACCCGGAUACGCUGAAACGCAUAGGAUAUCUUUGGGAAGCUCUCUCGACAUCUACGUCAUUACCGAUCAGUCGAUAUCCCCAUGUAUCCGAUCCUAGCCAAGCUGAACACGCUAUAUCAGAAUUUAAUAGUAUCAAGAGCACCUCUAAAUCUGUCCGUGCUACGCAAGCCUUCGAUAUCAGACUGGCUUUGAGCAUAUUACAGGCUCUCGGCAUGCAACAAACUGCGACUACUUUAAGAUCAAUACCUAGCAUUUCUGCAUGGAUCAGACCUCGCUUCGCUCUGAGAGUUCGGCACGCGACCUCCGCUGCUACGACGUUUUUCAAGCCUAUUCGGCUUGGCCGGCACAACAACCAUCAGUUGGUCGAUCGAUGUGUUAAGGGUAUUGUUACCAGCCAUGAAAGUCAGUCAGAGGUGCCAUCGGGGUCCAUUGAGGGCUACCAUAUUCGGGCCUGCUUCCAUGUCCCUUUUCCUAAGAAUGAACGGUUCACCGGACGAAGCUCAAAACUCGAUGAGAUAAAGCAGAAGUUAUUUAAGGAGCAAUGUUCGAAAGUAGCCCUCGUCGGACUGAGCGGCAUCGGCCAAACACAAUUCGCCCUGCAAUUCGCAUAUUGGGUGAAGGAGAAAAAGCCAGAGUAUUCCGUCCUCUGGGUGCCCGCAGUGAGCGAUGCAAGCUUCGAACAGGCUUACGGAGAAAUAGCGAAGAAGCUUGGCAUUCAAAAGACAUCUGACAACGAAGACAUUAGAGAUGCAGUACGAGAUCAUCUCAGCUCAGACCAAUCCAGCAAAUGGCUUCUGAUCAUAGAUAACGCGGACGACACCGGGCUGCUUUUCGGCUCUCCUGGCAAAUCAGCGGGAAUCAAUCAAUACCUCCCAAGAAGCGACAACGUCGUUACCCUAUUUACCACACGUUUUCGAAAGGUAGCUCAAUCGUGCGCAGAGAAAAAUAUAAUUGAGAUAACAGAAAUGGAUCAGCAGGAAGCUGUUAGGUUCUUUGACAAGUUGUUUGAUCAUAAGUCAUCGCGUUACGAUGAAUCAGAAGCAAAUGAGCUCGUGAAUGAGUUUUGGUACCUCCCAUUAGCAAUUAAGCAGGCAGUGGCUUAUUUGUUAUUGUUAUUAUUAUUAUUAUUAUUGUAUUGUUUAACGUUUGAGCGAACGGGUGUGGGCUUUUUUUGCCCUGAGUUUACGAAGGGUUAUUGUGGCGUUGAUUUUUUUCUUUCCUUUGGGAAGUGGUUCGAAAAAUUACUCAAAUAAGCAGUUUUGAGAUAGCGGCUUAUCGGAGAGGUCUGAUUGGCUCAAACCUUUGAUUUAGUGGGACUUUUGGUAUAUCCGGUCCAAAUCCGGCUUAUGUAAUCCAGAUUUUGGCAAAAUCUUGGGGGUGGACUAGUGGGCCUGAAUCGACAAAUUCUUGGCAAGUCACCUUAUAUAACCGUUGAUUGGGUGCAUCGCUCCUUUUAGUGGGCCAAAUUCAACGAAUUCUUGGCAAAUCACUUUAUACGACCGUUGAUUGGGUGCAUCUCCUUUUAGUGGGGUAGACGCUCUAAGGGGCAUGCUUACGUAAGAACGGCCUUUGACCAGCUAAAGUCAAUUGACCUGAUUGAACAAAGGUUGUUCUACAGUUAGACCUGCAGUCUGACUAAACAACCGUUGAUCAACUGUUGACCUAUAAUCUAAUUGAAGUGCGAUUAAACCUACAGCUUAAUUGAACUGCAGUUGGUAUAGCCAGUUGUCUGCGGUGCCAGGGG